AUGAACCAUCGAAGAGCCCAUGUAUGCCAAGCACCCGCGCCCUCUGCGACCUCUCCGCGUGCCCCCCUCGUACUGCUCCUCGCCUACACCGUCGCCUUCGCGCUGCUCGCGCUCUGGGCUCUCUCCGCCUCCCCCUCCUCCCUCUGCGCCCCGCUCCUCUCGCCUCUCUUCCCGCCGCCCCGGUCCGCAGCUGGCGGUCGCAACGGCUCGGCAGAUGGCGCACACGGCGCGCGAGGGGCGCGGGGGCUGCAGAUGGCGCACGGGGCGCACGAGACUGAAUGGGUAGACACGGAGGCGGGAGUGGAAGGGGUUCAUCUCUACGAAGCAGAUCGGUCGAGGGGAGUUGAUAGGGAAGGGGAUGACGCUAGCGAGGUCGCCCGGGGAGCAGCGGCGGCAACAGCAGAGGCGCAAGCGCCCGCGCAAGAGACGGCGCAAGUGACGCAAGAGACGGCGCAAGAGACGGCGCGGUUCUUCCUGUACCGGCUGAUCGGCAACAACAUGGCGCCGCUGCAGUGCGCGGGGCAGCUACUCCGCAACACGCUGUACGCGCUACAGCACGAGGCGCGCGCGCUGCGCGAGUGCCGGCGGCUGUGGGUACUGAACCACGUGGUGAACGGCACGGAGCGCGCGCUGCUGCUGGACGCGCUGCUCGCGCACGGCGUGGCGCCACAGGACAUUCUUGUCCGUCGGAUCAACUUCUCGCACAUCGCCACCCUUCCUGAGACCUCCUGGACCGAGGCUGUCACAGGUGAGGCGUUGACCGAGGCUGUCACAGGUGAGGCGUUGACCGAGGCUGUCACAGGUGAGGCGUUGACCGAGGCUGUCACAGCGUGUCACGUGAUCAUGUCCGCGCCUGUCUUUCUUCCCUGCUGUCAUCUGUGCCUUUCUUCCCUGCUGUCAUCUGUGCCUUUCUUCCCUGCUGUCAUCUGUGCCUUUCUUCCCUGCUGUCAUCUGUGCCUUUCUUCCCUGCUGUCAUCUGUGCCUUUCUUCCCUGCUGUCAUCUGUGCCUUUCUUCCCUGCUGUCAUCUGUGCCUUUCUUCCCUGCUGUCAUCUGUGCCUUUCUUCCCUGCUGUCAUCUGUGCCUUUCUUCCCUGCUGUCAUCUGUGCCUUUCUUCCCUGCUGUCAUCUGUGCCUUUCUUCCCUGCUGUCAUCUGUGCCUUUCUUCCCUGCUGUCAUCUGUGCCUUUCUUCCCUGCUGUCAUCUGUGCCUUUCUUCCCUGCUGUCAUCUGUGCCUUUCUUCCCUGCUGUCAUCUGUGCCUUUCUUCCCUGCUGUCAUCUGUGCCUUUCUUCCCUGCUGUCAUCUGUGCCUUUCUUCCCUGCUGUCAUCUAGCAGCGCAGAACGAGGCGCGCAACUUCAUAUUGGAGCACGGCAGGGCAGCAGGGGCGCGGUGGGUGCUGGCGUUCGACGGCAACCAGUUCAUCACCGCGCACGCCUGGGACCUCAUCCGCCGCGCCGCCCUCAGGCAUGAGAAGGCCGGGCUGAAGCUCUUUAAGGUGCCCAUGUACCGGGUGCACGAGGAGCAGUCGCCGCGCUGGCUGGCAUCACGCACGCGCUUCCACGGGCUGCAGCGCUUCGCCCCGCAGAUGUGGGAGAGCCAAGUCGCCUUCCGCAACGACUCGCCUCACCGCUACACCGAGGGCAUGGCGUACGGGCGAGACAACAAGCUGGAGCUGAUCGACCGCGUGUGCGGCACAGGGCGCUUUGAGGAGGAGCACACACAGCGCCGCCGCCAGCAGAUGGAGCAGCGGCGGCGGCAGAAGCAGGAGGAGCUGAAGAGGCGGAGGGAGGAGCGCAAGGAGGAGAAGGAAGGGCGGCAGCAAGAACAGGAGCGAGGUCGGCGCUUGCUGAAUGUGGAGUGCCGUGCAGGCAGCAGCUUCAGUAACUCGAGCACACAGGACUGUGUGGCAGGGGAGGGUGCGGCAGGGGAGGGAGCUGAGCUGCCCGUGCAGGGCAAGGGGGUGCUGCAGCAGCAAACGAGAGGUGUGGGGGACGGGGCAGUGCAGCAGCGGCGGCGGCUGCAGGAGGCGUUGCAGGUGGAUACGGGGCAGUGCGGGUGCCACAGGGAGGUGGGGCGGGACCACCGCAUUAAAGAAGCAGACCCCGCCGUGGCGCACGCGUGUGGGUACACCGUGCGGCUGUGGUACUUCCCCUGCCCUGGGGUGGACGGCAAGAGGAUCUUUGUGGAUAAGAAGUACCGGGCAGCGCUGCGGGAGGAGGGGCACCGCCGCCUGGCUCAGCAGAUCAAAGAGGCUGUGCGGCAGGCCGUGGGCAGUGGAGGAGAGGCGUCCAUGCAGGAUGGCUAG